GGAUAUUCAGAUUCGUGUGUAUGUUUUUAGGUGCCUCAUCAUUGAAGAAGGAUCAGCCACUGUUCACGCUGAGGCAGGUUGGCUAUUUGUGUGAGCGCCUUAUUAAAGAUCACGAGGAGAAGAUGCGCGAAGAGUAUGAACAGAUACUAAACACAAAGCUUGCAGAACAAUAUGAGUCCUUUGUGAAAUUCACACAGGAUCAGAUUAUGCGAAGAUAUGGCGCCAGGCCUGCAAGCUAUGUGUCUUGAGGAACAUUAUAGAUGGUACUAGCCACCCCUCAGCAGCUGGUUGCUGUAGAACCAGCUCCCUUCGUUUCACUUGAAAUUUCCUCCUACUUUUGAUUCUCUAUUUUUCACUUUUAAAAAUGCUUGGGUGCUAUGGUCUAUCCACAUUUAACUAAUUUUUUUUGCUGAACUGUUACUGAUGCCCCAACACCAAACAUGCAAAUCUAGAUGCAUUCUAAGGAAGUUUAAUCUCUUAAGAAUUUGUGGGAAAAGAUGUCAAACUACCGCUGUAAAAAGCUUGGCUGAUGCGAUCAUCUCUGUAUAAUGUAAUGUGACUGACCUGCAGCAGAUAUACCAGACUCUUCCUCUAUCCUUCAGUCUCUCUCUUUUUUUUUUUUUUUUUUUUAUUUUUUUUUUUUUUUUUUUUUUUUAAUAUUUUCUUUUCUUUUUUUUUCUUUUUUUGACAAAUAAAAGAUCUGUGAUAAGUCA